CUCUUUUGGUCUCUUCAAGACUGGAAAAUAGCUUUUAGGAAACUACUUUAGGGGCCCAACCUAUGGGAAGGGAAGGAUCUGCAGGAGCAGAAAACACUUGCACAGGGCCCAGGGCUCUGAGGGCACAUCACAGCCCUUCCACUCUGGCUGGGUUUGUGGCACACACACCCCCAAAACCCAAAGAUAAACACAAAAAGUGAAAAGGCAGUGGAGCUCUGCAGAGUGCUGCUUCCCUCCAGGGCAUCCCUGGCAUUCCAAGCCCCUCCAGAGGAACAUUGCCCCUCCCUGUCCAAAGCUCCACUCCCAAGGGGAGCCUUCCCCUGGAGCUCCCCCUGCACCCUCUGCCCAACAGAAAACAUCCAGAAAUUUAGGCUCUCCCACAGAAAUGCCAAUGCCUCAAAUCCCCCUCACUCCCAGCAGAUCCAGGACACAAAACUCACAUUCCCAUUUCAGAGUAAACCUUUUUUCUUUUUUUUCUUUUUUUUUCUUUUUUCUUUUUCAGUCUGGCCUUUACCCUGGGUCCUCCUUUUACUGCAGGCUGAGUUUGUUUCACUUGUGAUAAGUUUGUUUUCCUGCAGCCCCUUUGAUUGUUUUUUUCCAAGAUGAAGUAUUCUGAUGGUGCCUUCCCCUCUGAAGUGUUUUCCUUUGGGGAUGGGGGGAAGGCACAGACAGACACUGCCAGAUUUGGGCUGAGCUCAGCGCUCCCCCAUCCUGACCUAGAUGGCAAGAACACAGUCUCUGCCUAAUAAAGCAAAAUCUAAAAUCGAAAGACUGGGAGAAAAAGGUGCCUCUGUUCCUGGCCAGCUGCAGCCCAGCCAAGCACCGGGGUGCUCCCCUGGCCCUGAGGUGAGAAUUCCUUCUGCUGUCCUCACCCCUGGGCCUCAAGGAGGAAAAAUCCCCCUGGAGGUGUCCCUGCCAGCCUGUGGGGGCACAGGAGGGUCAGCUGAGGCACCAGCACAGGGACAGACAGACAGACAGGCAGCACCAUAUCACGCCCCCGCCCCGUGCCCGGCGCUGACGUCACGCGCGCUCUUAAAGGGCCCGCUGGGGAUGGCGGCGGCGGCGCUGCCGCGGGCGCUGUCCCGGCUGUGCCCCCGGCGCUGCCCCGCCUUGCCCCGGCCCGCCUGGACGGGGGGACACCGGGGACACCGCGGGGACAGCGGCAGCGCGGGGUGGGCGCGCUGGGCACGGCCGGCCGGCGCCGCGCUGGCCUUCCUGGGAGGCUUCUCCCCGUUCCCGCGGGACGCCGAGGAGGACGGCGAGGACGCCAUCGUGCUGCUGCUGAAGAGAGCCAAGCUCAGCGCCAUCAACGGGGAGCUGGCCCAGGCCGAGCAGCUCCUGCACCAAGCCCUGCGCCGGGCGCACCAGCAGGAGAACCGGCAGGCCGUCAUCUACACCUACAGCAUGAUGGGGAACGUGGCAUACAUGCAGGGACAGCUGGACAAUGCAGAAAAGCUCUACAAAGCAACUAUGAGCUAUAUGCUUGCAGGGGACACAAAGGAGGAUGACAACGCCAUCCUUGAGAUAUCCCUCAAGCUGGCCAGUAUCUAUGCUGCUCAGAAACAGCACAAAUUAGCUGUAGCUGGCUACCAGUUCUGCAUCUUGACCUUAGAGGAGAAGAUUGCCAAGCAGAAGGACUUGCCUGAGGAUGUCUUAUCAGCUGAAGAAAAGGCCAACACGCAGCUCCUGCUUGGGAUGAGCCUGGACUCCUACGGCCGCUACCUCCUGAACAUCAACGAGCUCCCAGCAGCACAAAAGAUGUAUGAGAAGGCUCUGCAGAUAUCAAAUGAUGUUCAGGGAGAGACUCAUCCACAGAGUGUGGUGCUGAUGAAUGACCUGGCGACGGUGCUGGACGCUCAGGGACGCUACGAGGAGGCGCACACCUACAGCAGGAGGGCAGCAGAGCUGGCAAGGGACACAAAGCACCCCGAGGAGCACAUGGUGCUCAGUAACCUGGCAGCAAUCCUGAUGCACAAAGAAGAUUUCUUGCAAGCAAAACAAAUGUACAAAGAAGCCCUCAAGCAGGCACAGCAGAAGGGAGAUGCUGCUUCUGUACAGCAUAUCCAGGAGGAACUAGCUGAGCUGGCCAAGAGGAGAAAGGGCUCCAAAUAAGUCUGGCCACACAGUGCAGCCUUGAGGUGACUGAAGGCAGCAAGGGUUGGUCAGCACAGGCAGCCUGCGAGCAGCUUGGUGCAAUUCUCCAGAGAAACAGCAAUGAGGAGUUCCAGGACUGCUUAAGAGGAAGGGCUGCCACUGCCUAACAGCCCAAAAUAAAGGUGUGAAAUCUUAACUGUGUGAA